AUGGGAGCUGUCAUUGUUGGAGUAGUAGUGCUGUGGCUCAACAAGUCUUCAGCGAGAACAGGCAGAGGCAAGAUGUGGGAUUUCCAGGAGGCGCCAACAUCCCUGAUGGCCACAUCUGCACCAGCAUCCAACCUGGAGCAUCACAAGGGUACCCGCUCCACGAAGAAACCGUGGAAAUGUGAUGACUGUGGGAAGGGGUUCAGUUCUCCAUCCCAGCUUGAAACUCAUAAGCGUAGUCACACCGGAGAGAAACCAUUCACCUGCUUCCUAUGUGGAAAGGGAUUCACUUUAUCCUCCAGUCUCCAGUUACACCAGAGAGUUCACACAAAUGAGAGGCCCUUUAAAUGUUCUGACUGUGGAAACUGCUUUAAAAUCUCCGCAGAUCUGAUUAAACACCAGCUUGUUCACACUGAUGAGAGACCUUUCAGUUGUUCUCACUGUGACAAGAGGUUUAGGCAGUCGUCUCACCUUAUUCAACACCAGCGAGUGCAUACAGGAGAGAGGCCACUGACGUGCUCUGUUUGUGGGAAGGGGUUUAGUUCUGCAUCCAAUCUUCGGACGCACCAGCGAAUUCACACUGGAGAGAAAAUGUUCUCCUGCUCCAUAUGUGAAAAGGGAUUCACCCAAUCAUCCAACCUGCUGAGGCACCAGCAAGUUCACACUAAAGAAAGGCCAUUCAUGUGUUCUGUGUGUGGGAAGGGAUUCACUCGGUCAUCUCACCUCCUGAGACAUCAGCAGGUUCAUGUAAUUGCAGAGGUUUGAUUCUGCUAUGGAUAACACCUCCAUUUAUUUAUCUUGAUGUUGGUAACCCAAUGUAACUGAAUUUUACUGCCUUUUUUAUCUGUCUGAUAAAUUAGCUGAGAUGUAUAUACCUUGCUUAUUUUACCAAGCUAAGAGAAAAUAAUUGAUAUUCAAUGCUGGCUGCUGCAUUUUAAGGUUUCUCCAGAUCAUUUUGGUUCCUCAACAUUUGUGUACUCCUCCAACUCUCCUGGUUGUCCGUUUUGAUCUUGAUAACCGAGCAUUAAUUCUCCUUUGGGAGCUAUACAAAACUCACUGUUACUCACUUCCAGUUAUCAAACGUGUUAAGCAAUUCAUGCUAUUCCUCAUGCUUAAUGAGUAAAAUGUCAUCGGUGUUAAAAAUCUGAAAAAUUCUGCUCGGAAAAUACACAGCAGAUCAGCCAGCAUCUGUGAGAAGUCAUAUUAGCUUAGCAUUUCAGAGUGAGAUCUCUUCAUCAGCAUUUGUUAACAUUCAUCAUUUAUUGUGCAUGUCCUACACCUAUUGUACUACAUAACGGACCACCUCACACUUGUCAGGAUUAAGUUCCAUUUGUCAACUCUCUGGCUAGCUAAUCUAUAUCAUGUAGCCUUAGACAAUCUUCCGAACUAUCCAUAAUACCUCCAAUUUCCAGGUCAUUUGCAAACAUAAUAAUUGUACCUCCUACAUUCACCUCCAAUUUGAAGAAAUGUGUCACAAAGCAAAGAUCCAAACAUCAAGCCCUCUGGUACAUGACCAGUCACAGAGUAGCUUAUUAUCAAUACUCACUGUCACCAAGAUAAUUUUGGAUCUUAGAUGCAAGGGAAACAUGCUGGAAAUAUCAAGCAACAUACACAAAUUUCACUUUGGGCUGAGACCCUUGCUUAAAAGGAGGUAGAAGCAAGAAUAAGAAGGCUGGGGGGAGAUUGAUGGUGUUUGGAUCCAAUUAGCCAGCUCAUCUUGAAUCCCAAGAGCUCCUGAUGUAUUAGGUAACUAUGUAAGAGAUAUUUACAUCUCCUAAAAGUACUGCAUAAAAUUCAGACAGUAAAUCACUGUAAUCUGACCAACCUACCAUGUGGGAUCUUGUCAAAUUGUCCAAGGUCAUUGGAAUUUUUUUAAUCUUGAGUCUUUUUUCUUGUUGUGCCUCAGGAUUUUCUUUGGUUUAUAGAUUGCUUGUAUUCUGUCCUUUUAAUUAAUCCCCUGACUUUUCUCAGAAAGUAAGUUCAACCACCCAUGCUUUCUGCCAUGACGGGCUUUUCCUCUUCAGUCCUGAUGCGGGUCUCAAUCCAGAACAUUAAAAGUUCACUUUUGCCUCCACUGGUACUACUUGGCCCUAUGAAUUUCUCCAGAAUUCUGUUCUUUUUUUUGCUUCAGACUCCAGCAUCUAUUGUCACUUUACAACUGUACCUUUUUUCUCUCUAAUGUCAGAUUAGUUUCUCAGAGUGAUCUUUCUCAUAGCAUUGGUGUACAUUUCAGCAGUAAUUUUGGCUCAAUAUUUCUCCCAUAGGAAUUGUAUAAAAUUUUCCAAAAAUUGUUCUGUAUCAGCCAUCUUUGCCAUCAUCUUGUCUUCUGUUAAAUGAAGAACAGUAUUGGGAGUAGACCAUGGGUCCCUUUGAGCCUGCACCACCAUUCAUGAGGGUUGUUAAGACUAUCUCCCAAUGUAAUUUUGAAUUUUCCUACUUAGUUUGUGUAGGUAUAAUUUUACUGUGCUAAGGAGUGUUGCUACUCAGAUAUGUUUUGUGUCUUCUCUAGUUAUAUAAAUGCAGUGCAAUUCUAACCAGCCUGAACGAAUAGUAUAUGUUUUCUGUAUGAACUCACGUUUGUAUCAUAAGAGCUUCAGGUGGCUGUUAAGCACUUUCUAAAGUCGGCAUUCUGUCAGUUAUGAUUUUGAGUAACUUUUGGAAUACAUAAUCAGUGGAGAUGUUUUCCCAAGGAAAAUCAGAAGAUGGUGGAAACAAUCAUGUCGAAACUCUUAAAUUACAUUUGUUGCAACGAGAAAUUGAAUUAUACAUUAAGGAAAAUGCAGCAACUGUGCAAUGGUCAAGGAGCCGAGAAAUCCCUUUAUCCCUUUGCUGUUUUCACAGAGGCACAGUCAAGGAUUCCCUGGAACAAGGUAAGUUAAACAACUUGUUACAUCGCUGACCACAGAGCAUUAUCUACUUAGUGCAAUCAUAGGUUUGCACCAUUCUCUCAAUGAAUUGCUGCAUCUGAGGGUUUCUGGAAUACAUACUCAGCUGAUGUCCAGAAUGCAUGACUCAUAGAUUUCAUUUUUAGAAUGUAUCAGUUACGGCGAGAAGGCAGGUGAAUCCAGUUGAGAAGGAGAUAAAUCAGCUAAGAUGGAAUGGUGAGACAGCCUCAAUAGGCCGAAAAACAUAAUUCUGCUCCCAUUAUUGCAGUAAUCAUUAUCACUAAAGCAUACAUCUUUAAAAAUGCCAAUGAUGCUUCAGUGUGGGAAGUCCUGAUUAGACAAACAAUUAUUUUCUUUGCACUCAGAAGGCAAAGAGGUGAUUGAAAACGAAGCUUAGGAUGGGGGGAGGCUUGCAGUUUUAACCUCAUGCUGUUUGUUAUAGUUAUCUAUUGCAGACAUUUUUCUCAAGUUCAGGCAAACAUGUAUAUGAACUGCAGUGAAGUGAAGUGUUACAGAAAGCCGACAAUGGGAUAUGACCUACUCUUAAGCAGAUCUGGUUCAAAGUGUUAGGCCCAGAAACGCAAUGCAGAGCAUGUGCAGGAAAGAAGAUAUUCCAGUACAGUAAAGCUAUCUGUUUACUCUCAUGCCCUGAGAGAUCAGUUUAAGAUGAUAUUGUCACCAAUCAAAGUGACUCACCUGAAGUCAUUGAAUAAAAUGCUAAUCAAAAAGCAAUAAGCAAUGCUGGAAGUCUGAAAUAUAAUCAGUAAAUUUUGGAACUACUUGGCAAAUCUAACUAAACAGCUGGAAGCAAAUUAGUGAACUUUUCAAAUCGAUGCUUUACAUGAAAGGUUGACUCAAUUUCUUUCUUUGAAUUGAUUGCUAAUGAUAUUUUCAGAAAGUCUUAAAUAAAAUUCAAUGUAAAACCAUAGUGUGUAAAUUAAAGCUCAUAGGUUUGGAUGUAUUAUACUACAAUGGAUUGAAAAUUUCUCCUAGGAAACAGAAAGUAGUAAUAAGCAUGUCUUCUUUAGGGUGAUUGUGAUUAGUGCUUUGGUCCCAGCUAUUCCAAUGGAUGUCAACAUUUUUUUUCAAAUUAACUGAGUAUGGCAUUCAUCACCUAUCAGUGCUAAGGCUAUUGCUUUCUUGGAGUGUUUAAGUCACAAUUUUAAAAUGUUAAUUAUGUAUUUAAUUUUUAAGUAAUAUUGUAAAUAUUGUUUAAGUAUUCUUGCUUAUGUAAUUCAUUUCAGAUCUUAAGUAAAAGUCUGUCAUUAUGCUCCUAUAUCAUAUGUAUGUGUCUCACUAAAGUUUAAAAAAAAUGAACUAAGGACAUGUUA